AUGAUUAAUUUCCAGCAGAGACCCCUAGAUUCUCACACUACUGUUUUGCUGAUUGUGAAGCCGCUGUCUUCAAGAUCCGCGCCUGCUGGCAUGGACGCCGGAAUCGCCAAAUUGAUGAAGAAAGACGUCAAGCCGUACUUGCCCAAAACCAAGCACCAACGGCUCUCGUACGAGUACCCCGGAUUGCCCAACGAGGACGAUUUCACCAAGCACACCGACAAGAUCAAGAAGCAGAAGCCCAUCAGCCGGUGGUCCCUGACCAUGCCCAAACUCGCGGUGUUUGGCGCGGCCAUGUGGGGCGCCUAUGUGGUCAAGGUAUGGUUCUACGACGCGGACGACGACGCCCAAAGCACCGAGCUCCUAGACCCGGACGUGUUCCACAAAUUCGUGGUGACGCACAAGCAGCAGAUCGACAAGGACCAUUUCCUUGUGGAGGUGCGGCCCAAGUACAACAACUGGCAGUACAGCUACUAUGCGCACUACGCCAGCAAGACCAUCUGGAACGGCGACCGCAUGUGGUCGGUGGAGGUCAAGCAGCCGGACAUUCUGGUGGUGCGGUCGUACACGCCGCUCCCGCUCUAUUUCAUGAAGUCGGAGAACACGCACGCCGGCCGCAAAGAGCCGCUUUUGCGGGUCGUGGACAACGACUGCGAGGACCACGACAAGGGCGGCGUCAUGACCUUCUACAUCAAGCGGUAUGCGGACGGCGAGGUGUCGCGGUACAUUGUGGACAAGGACGUCGGCGACGAGCUCGAGUUGCGCGGCCCGCACGUGGAGUACAAGUUCCCCCACCAUCCUCUCAACGCGCUCCACGAGCGGCCCGUUUUCCGGGACUUGCCCUCCAAGGUCGCGGCGGAGACGCUCGUGGACAGCCUCAAGGCGGAGCACGGCGUGCCGGACUACGACACCCUUGACUUUUACGCGGCAGGCACGGGCAUAGCGCCCAUUCUCCAGGUGCUCUUUUCGCGCAACCCGUACCGGGGCUUUGUCAACGUGCACUACUCGGCCCGUGCCGAUACCGAGCUUGCGCCGUUGCAGCGGUUCUUGUUUUUCUUGGAGAAGUUGGACCGCAUCAAGUUGAUCGGCCACUACGACUCCGUGCCCCGCCUGAGACUCACGGCCGCGGACAUCAAGCCCCAUCGCGAGCGCAACUACAUUAGCGACAUGCGCCAGGAAUCCGGGGCAGCGGUGGCCGCCGGCUCCGAGAAAGAGAGGCUCCGGAAGCGGGUGGCGCUCUUGGAGGGCGCCCCGGCCGCAAGCCCGGACCACGCCCCGCGGCCAGAGGGCAGAGGCCCGUGGUACGAGAACGCCUUGCAGCAGGCACGCGCCACGGCGUUGCGGCCCAAGCCCGCCGCCGCGUUGGCUCUAGUUUGCGGGCCGGACGGGUUUGUGGACUACGUGGCCGGCGCCAAAGAGUUGGCCUCCGGCGAGCAAGGCCCCGUCGGGGGACUCUUGGGUGCAAAAGGCUGGGACGAGAGCAACGUGUAUAAGUUGUGA